AUGGAAUUUGCCUCAACUUUAGAAAACAACGAUGGACCAAUCGACCAAGCAGCAGGUGCAAGUUGCGCCGCUCCGCUUUAUAGCAGAAACUCGACUGACAUCGUCUUCUGCAGAACUCGCCCGCGAGAAAACAUCAAGAUCCUCUACGACUAUGAGCUUGUGAACGCACCCGGAAAGUCGAUAGUCGCCCUUGAGUUGGACUUUCCACCAAACGGGUUUACCCCGCCUCACCGGCACGGCGGUGCCACUGUGGUUGCGGUGGUAACCGAAGGGAGCAUGUUGAGCGGUAUGAAUGGCAAUCCCCCAAAGGUCUACAAGGUCGGAGAAAGUUUCAUGGAACUGCCUGGUUGCCAUCAUACGGUAGGAGAGAAUCAUAGCAAAACGGAGCGCUUGAAGGCUAUUGCAACAUUCAUUGUUGACACUGAAGUAGUCAGGUCGGGCUAUGAGGGUCUCGUCGUUCUAGAUGAGGAAUAA